GGCGCUGGAGCUGAGGGCGCACGCACCGCCAGGAGUAGCGAGCAGCUGAAGCCGAGUUGGAAGGAAGCAGCGGCCGCGGCGAGGACCGCUGUGCAGCCGAAGAGCCCGGACAGCGAAGCGCCGGCGGGUCGCAGCUAGAUCGCAGGCGCCUGGGAGCUGUAAGCCUGAGAGGACGCUGAAGCCCAGGCGGGCCAGAGGAAGGAAGCGAGCCGCCCCGGAGGUGAAGCUGAGAGUGGAGUGUGACAGUAAAAUCAGACGACAGAUGGACGGCGUGACGAGAACGUCAGAGAGGAUUGGGCCUCGCUGUGAGAGUCAGCCUGGAGUCAAGGUGUUGACAAGUCGCUGAAAAGGACACCAGGGAGGACUGUGGCUCGCAGAGGGUGUAGAGUCGUGUCUUCAGUCACACCAUUGAUGGAGGACAGAUGGACAGCCGGAUGGCCAGUCACCUCUCUUAAACCUUUGGAUAGUGGUCCUUCGUCCUCUGCUGGCCACCUGUUAGGGGUUUUAGCCCAUUCUCUGAACUCCCUUUCCCUCCGAACGUAAACUCAGACUGCGGUGUACAAGCAGCCCCCUCCAUUGCAGGGUGACGGAGCUGCAAAUAUGAGUGCUGAGGGGUACCAGUACAGAGCCCUGUAUGACUACAAGAAGGAGCGAGAAGAGGACAUCGACCUGCGCUUGGGGGACAUACUGACUGUGAAUAAAGGGUCCUUAGUGGCGCUUGGAUUCACUGAUGGACAGGAAGCCCGGCCCGAAGAUAUUGGUUGGUUAAAUGGUUACAAUGAGACUACCGGGGAGAGGGGAGACUUUCCAGGAACUUACGUUGAGUAUAUUGGAAGGAAAAGAAUUUCCCCUCCCACUCCGAAGCCCCGGCCCCCUCGACCUCUUCCUGUUGCACCAGGUUCUUCAAAAACUGAAGCAGACACUGAGCAACCAGCUUUGACCCUUCCCGAUCUGGCUGAGCAGUUCGCCCCUCCUGAUGUUGCCCCACCUCUCCUUAUCAAGCUCCUAGAAGCCAUUGAGAAGAAAGGACUGGAAUGUUCGACUCUCUACAGAACACAGAGCUCCAGCAACCCUGCAGAACUACGACAGCUUCUUGAUUGUGAUGCCGCCUCAGUGGACUUGGAAAUGAUUGAUGUACAAGUUUUAGCAGAUGCUUUCAAACGCUAUCUCUUGGACUUACCAAAUCCUGUCAUUCCAGUAGCUGUUUACAAUGAAAUGAUGUCUUUGGCCCAAGAAGUACAAAGCUCUGAAGACUACAUCCAGCUGUUGAAGAAGCUCAUUAGGUCGCCUAAUAUACCUCAUCAGUAUUGGCUUACGCUUCAGUAUUUACUUAAGCAUUUCUUCAAGCUCUCUCAAGCCUCCAGCAAAAAUCUUCUGAAUGCAAGAGUCCUCUCUGAAAUUUUCAGCCCUGUGCUUUUCAGAUUCCCAGCAUCCAGCUCUGAUAAUACUGAACACCUCAUAAAAGUGAUAGAGAUUUUAAUCUCAACUGAAUGGAAUGAACGACAGCCAGCACCAGCACUGCCUCCGAAGCCACCCAAGCCCGCCACUGUAGCCAACAACGGCAUGAACAACAAUAUGUCCUUACAGGAUGCCGAAUGGUACUGGGGAGAUAUCUCGAGGGAAGAAGUGAAUGAAAAACUCCGAGAUACAGCUGAUGGGACCUUUUUGGUACGAGACGCAUCCACUAAAAUGCACGGCGAUUAUACUCUUACACUAAGGAAAGGAGGAAAUAACAAAUUAAUCAAAAUAUUUCACCGAGAUGGAAAAUAUGGCUUCUCUGAUCCAUUAACUUUCAACUCUGUGGUUGAACUGAUAAACCACUACCGGAAUGAGUCCCUAGCUCAGUAUAACCCCAAGCUGGAUGUGAAGUUACUCUACCCAGUGUCCAAAUACCAGCAGGAUCAAGUUGUCAAAGAAGAUAAUAUUGAAGCUGUAGGGAAGAAAUUACAUGAAUAUAAUACUCAAUUUCAAGAAAAAAGUCGGGAAUAUGAUAGAUUAUAUGAGGAAUACACCCGUACUUCCCAGGAAAUUCAAAUGAAAAGAACAGCUAUUGAAGCAUUUAAUGAAACCAUAAAAAUAUUUGAAGAACAGUGCCAAACCCAGGAGCGGUACAGCAAAGAAUACAUAGAAAAGUUUAAACGUGAAGGCAACGAGAAAGAAAUUCAAAGGAUUAUGCAUAAUUACGAUAAGCUAAAGUCUCGCAUCAGUGAGAUCAUUGACAGUAGGAGGAGACUGGAGGAAGACUUGAAGAAGCAGGCAGCUGAGUAUCGUGAGAUUGACAAGCGCAUGAACAGCAUUAAGCCAGACCUCAUUCAGCUGAGAAAGACAAGAGACCAAUACUUGAUGUGGCUGACGCAGAAAGGUGUUCGGCAGAAGAAGUUGAACGAGUGGUUGGGAAACGAAAACACGGAAGACCAAUACUCACUGGUAGAAGAUGAUGAGGACUUGCCCCACCAUGACGAGAAGACAUGGAACGUUGGAAGUAGCAACCGAAACAAAGCCGAGAAUCUAUUACGAGGGAAGCGAGAUGGCACUUUUCUGGUCCGGGAGAGCAGUAAGCAGGGCUGCUAUGCCUGCUCUGUAGUGGUAGAUGGCGAAGUCAAGCAUUGUGUUAUCAACAAGACUGCCACCGGCUAUGGCUUUGCCGAACCUUACAACCUGUACAGCUCCCUGAAGGAGCUGGUGCUACAUUACCAACACACCUCCCUUGUGCAGCACAAUGACUCCCUCAACGUCACACUAGCAUACCCGGUAUAUGCACAACAGAGGCGAUGAAGCGCGCUGCUGCCCUCGGAUCCAGUUCCUCACCUUCAAGCCACCCAAGGCCUCUGGGAAGCCAAGGGCUCCUCUCCAGCCCGACCUGUGAACUGAGCUGCAGAAAUGAAGCCGGCUGUCUGCACAUGGGACUAGAGCUUUCUUGGACAAAAAGAAGUCGGGGAAGACACGACAGCCUAGGGCUGUUGGAUGACUAGACGUUUCUAACCUUAUCCUUUCUCUUUUUUUUUUUUUUUAAUUUAAAGCCACAACACACAGCCAACACACAGAGAAAAGGAAAUGCAAAAAAAAAAAAAAAAUCUCUCCGUGCAGGGACAAAGAGGCCUUUAACCAUGGUGCUUGUUAACGCUUUCUGAAGCUUUACCAGCUACAAGUUGGAACUUUGGAGACCAGAAGGUAGACAGGGCUGAAGGGCCUGGGCCUGGAACCGCUUGGUCCAGCCUGGUUCAGCCUGGGUGUCGCUGGGUGUGGUGAGCCCAGACACAUCGCGCUGUGGGUUAUUUCCUUUUUAAUGAGCGAACGAUCUGGAGCAGAGAGGCAGGUCUGCUCACACAGGACACUUUGAGAGAAUAUCGAUGCAGCAUGUUCGGAGGAAAAACAAAAAGACCGGAAAAUGUUUUGCUUAAAACUUGUCAAAUCAACCACCACCCACCCACCAACAGAAAAAUGAGUGUGGGCAAGGGGACUCGAAGUGACAUUCAGUAUAUAAAAUAUGUACAUAAUAUUGGGUGACUAACUAUCAAAUAGAUGGAUUUGUAUCAAUACCAAAUAGCUUCUGUUUUGUUUUGCUGAAGGCUAAACGUGCUGCGCUAUGCAAUUCUUAAUUUUUAUUACAUUGUUACCAGUUUCAAAUACACCUUCAGAAUAAGCUCCCCUCAUCGCAGUUUUCGUUGCUUGAAAAUAUUGUCCCUCAUUUUUGUUAAUAUUUGUUUUUGUUAUUUUUUUUAAAGAAAUGUACAGGAUGCCAGAAAGGAAAAUGGCUUAAGAAUUAAAACUAUGAAAUAUUUUACAGUUUUUCUUGUACAGAGUCCUUGGCUGUUAGCCCAAGGUUAAAAAGUUCAUAACAGAUUUUUUUUUUUUUUGACUAAAUGUUGGGCAGGGCCUAAUAAGCUUCAAAGCUGCUUUAUUCAAUAAAAAUGAAAAAGAAAAUGAUAUAUGAUAUGACAAAGUAUUGCUGAGUCCAACAGUGUUAAGACUCUUGAAAUACGGUACCUGGCAAUGUUUGUUUCCUAAUGAAUUGUGAACUUCUUGAAUCUGGAGGGGAAGGGAGUCAUGGGUUGUAACAGGUUGGGGGGGGGGGGGGCAGGAGCCGGGGGCAGGUAAGGUGGUGAGCACUUUCUCGGGAUUCCAGAGGAGGGGAGAAGAAUUGAAGCGGGGAUGUGCUGUCUCCAUCUUUCCCUGUCUGAAUUUGGUAAUCAUUACCAAUCAGCAGCAACUCCAGACCUAUUGUGACUCCAUUGCAGCGGAGCUGGCCAGCAUCUCCAUUCUCAUGAAGGAAGUGCUGGGUUUGUUUUGGGGGUUCCUGGAACGUGCUCUUUUUAUUGUUGUUGUUAUUGUGGUUGAACACACUGGUCUCAAGGUUGAAUCCCUGCAUUUAGAAAAUGUGCUCUUUCUCUUUUUAAUAUUGGACUAGUUACAGCAGCCGGCCACCAUCCAUUUUCAGCAAAAGCAUGACCUGAAAAACAAGCCUUUUAGCUGUACAUUUGUUGUUUUCCUAGCUCUCUGUUCACUUUAGAACAGAAAGGGAGUCGACCCAUGUAGAUGGUGACUGUGCUUUGUGGAAAUUGUUAGAAGAAAUACAAAAAGCAGUUUUCUCAUUCACAUCAUUGUGCAUGUUGUACUUCAUGGUGAGGAGAGGAGCAGUUGGUGGCAUCUUUAAGAGUUCGAGCCUACCCUGAUGUACAUGUGCAGAAGCUGGUGUGUUGAUCGGGAAUUGUCACGUGCUGUGAAGUGUGCAGGCUAACCAAAGUCACAGUCACAGCCCUGGUAGAUUCAAGGGACAUCUUCAGUUUCCCUUUCUCAGUAUCAGAUGCACAACUUGAUUUCUCUUCCCUUCCUAGACUAAGGUGAAGGUAUUUUGUGUCUUUUAGUGUUGCUGUUUUCAUCUUUUGGAAUUUGCAGCCUAGUGGCUGGGUUAAUGGUCUGGAGAGGGUAUUGUUUUUCUAUGAAGCCACUGCUCAUCCUCAAGAGCAAAAGUCACUCAGCCAGACUGUGAGCCCACAGACUUUACUCUUCUAACCUACCGUCCUUACUGCCAGACAAUUGAGGAUUUCCUGGGUUUCCUCUGGGCUUUGCAAUCUCCAUUGGUAACAUUCUGCCAUGCCACAUAAGACUGAAUAGUUAACAGUUGUAAGCUAGGUUUAGUGGUUGGGGUUUUCUUUCUUUUUCUUUCUUUUUCUUUCUUUUUCUUUCUUUUUCUUUCUUUCUUUCUUUCUUUCUUUCUUUCUUUCUUUCUUUCUUUCUUUCUUUCUUUCUUUCUUUCUUUCCUUCCUUCCUUCCUUCCUUCCUUCCUUCCUUCCUUCCUUCCUUCUAUCUUUCUUUCCAUUUUUCCUUCUUUCCAUCUUUCCUUCUUUCUGUAGCACAUCAUGUAUGCUAUCAAACACAAGUAACUUCCUUUUCAUUCUAAAAAUGGAACUGAGAUUGGCCAUUUCAUUACAAGUUCUGUGUUUUUUAUUCAACACUCGGCAAGAUGACUUGCAAAAAACGUCUCAUCUCAUGAACUGUGGUACAAUAGAUUUUCCAUUCAUCAGAAGGUCAAAGUCACUUGUUCUACACAGUAGUGAGCUAUGUCACACCUGUCCUGCUGAAUGCCUUUUUGAUGACAGGUUAGUAUGCCCACCAACUCUGUCCUUAGAGAAGUUUGAUCAUUAAGUUUCUGUGGAUUCCAUCAAGGCAGUCAUCUAGUAGCAUCCUUUAGGUAGCUCAUGAGUGUAGAUGGAUACAGCACUCCUGAUAUGUAAAAAUCCCCACAUAGUUUUUUCUCACCAACUGUCACAUCCUAAAGACAGCCAGACACUAAGCUGCUGAGAGGCUGAGCUGAACUAUAGAAGUGAGAGGGUUGGGACCUCAUAUCCCACACCAGAGCAGUCAUAACCACAUGAAAAGGCAGCAAGAAUAUGUUUGCAACGUUUGACAACUUCACGGCCCUGGAUAUAUGUAUAUAUGUAUAUGUGCAUGGACUGUGUUUCCAGGACACCUUUCAGCCACGCAGAUCCACAGUCGAGUUCAAGUACAUAACAAGCAGAUGUCUAGUACAGGUCUUGUAUAUGUGUGUGGGUUGUUUUCCCUUUGAUGUUGCUUUGUUUUGUCUUAUAAAGGUGAAAAUUGUUGGCCAAUGAAGUGAGAAGUCCAUCGUUGGACAUUUUUUCUGUUUUGGAGCUAUGCCCUUUCAGGGAGCAGGUCUGGAGGACUUGCUUACCUGACGUAUCCUCGUUCUCAGUGUUGUCUAGUCAGAGUGUGUUUCUGUGAGCUGUCAUUGUGAGGAAGCAAUCGUUGUGUCAUCUAUCCGGUUGUGAACUAGUAACUUGUUUGGGAAGUCCUACUGAUGUUCCUUAUGGGGAGAAAGUUCCUGCUGGUUUUCCCAACUGUGCUUUGGCAAUGCAUGGUAUCUAAGUCAGUUGGAAAGUGGGCUUUGCUGUCUGUUUGAAUUUAGGGUCAUUUAAGAAAGGGGCAGUUAAAAGCACAAUGCCUCACAUGGGACAAAGUUCCAAAAUGCCAAAUUCUCCUAUUUUUUACAAAACUCUAUAGUUACAUAAAAUAACUAGUACUGGGGGUUAGGGAGCAGGUGGCUCAAUUGGACAGAUUCUCCACCUUCACACUGAACUUGUCACCAUGAGAUAGCAUUGGCUGCCCAGGAUGCUGCUAUUUAAGAAAAUAAAAGCAAAACAAAAUAAAAAAAAAAAAAACCCUCAUUUAUAUGUGUGUAUUUUUUAAAGCUACACUCUGUUAAAUGUUUUUACAAAUCUGUUUAUAUGACAUUGAUAAAAUAAAGUUGGUCUUUUGACGAGAGGGGGGAGGAUGUCAUGGUCAGUUGUAAUUCUGCCUUUACAAGGUAACUGGGGUGGGGGAGGGAGUGUGCCUCCUUGACAUUUUGUUCAAGUUAGAUUCAGUGAAGCUAUGUACUGUUUUAAGUUGCUUAAUGCGUUGUAUUAGGUCCUCAAACAGAAUAAAGGUUGUUUUGAAACUUCA